UGGCCGGGGUGAGGCAGAUAGCCGGUGCUAGGGGAGAGUCCGAGGGAUGGAAGAGAGCUGCGGAGGGUCCCGGCGGACAGAGGCUGCACGUAUGGUACUGGGAGGACUGGGCAUAUAAAGGGCAGGAGAAGGAAGGAGCUGAAUCUGACAGGUGCCUGUGCUGCAGAGUGACCGGAGCGGUGACCUGGGUGUAUAACGCUGUAACAUAGCAGCGACCGGGCACUGACCCCCCUGACAGCGAGCACUGACCCCCCUGAUACCGGGCACUGACCGCUAUUACACUGCCUGCGCUGCACAGCAAUUCCCUGGCUACCCCACUGCCCGUACACAUCACAGGACACCUGUGCCAGGGUGACCCGACUCUGCUGACUUCUGCCUAUUGAGAUAUCGACUACAGAUCCAGAGUACAAUCACUACAACGCGAUCCUGCCCAGCACAAGGACGGAAUGGUCUACUGAAAACAUCUACCUGCUUGGAAUCACUUACCUGCUCCACAGACAAGCUUUAACCCGGACUAAUGUUACUGAUGGCAAUACAAGUGGCAGCCAUACUUACCAUGCCAGGCAAUGGCAGCUAUACUCACCUGAGCAGGUAGUGCCAGCUAUACUUGCAGGGGCAGGUAGAGGCAGACACACUUACCGGGGCAGGUAGAGGCAGGCACACUUACCUGAGCAGGUAAAGGCAGAACACUUACUGGGGCAGAAACAGUUACCGGGUCAGGUAGAGGCAGGCACACUUACCGGGGCAGGUAGAUUCAGAAACACUUACCGGGGCAGGUAGAGGCAGGCACACUUAACGGGACAGGUAGAUUCAGAAACACCGGGGCAGGUAGAGACAGAAACACUUACCGGGGCAGGUAGAGGCAGGCACACUUAACGGGACAGGUAGAGGCAGGCACACUUAACGGGACAGGUAGAUUCAGAAACACCGGGGCAGGUAGAGACAGAAACACUUACCGGGGCAGGUAGAUUCAGAAACACUUACCGGGGCAGGUAGAGGCAGGCACACUUAACGGGACAGGUAGAUUCAGAAACACCGGGGCAGGUAGAGACAGAAACACUUACCGGGGCAGGUAGAGGCAGGCACACUUAACGGGACAGGUAGAGGCAGGCACACUUAACGGGACAGGUAGAUUCAGAAACACCGGGGCAGGUAGAGACAGAAACACUUACCGGGGCAGGUAGAGGCAGGCACACUUAACGGGACAGGUAGAGGCAGGCACACUUAACGGGACAGGUAGAUUCAGAAACACCGAGGCAGGUAGAGGCAGAAACACUUACCGGGGCAGGUAGAGGCAGGCACACUUAACGGGACAGGUAGAUUCAGAAACACCGGGGCAGGUAGAGGCAGAAACACUUACCGGGGCAGGUAAAGGCAUGCACACCUACCUGUAUAGGUAGAAGUAGGCACACUUACCCGGUUGGGUGGUUGUCAGUUACACACAAUACCAGUGCAGGUGGAGGUAGGUAGAAGCUGGUGCAGAUGCCGCAGUGGCCAUAACCCGGGCUGAGGAUACCACACAGCCAUCACCCCGUAAGACCUAGAAGAAAGCCAGUUGGGGUACACUGUCCCCGGGGUGCCCGGCAUGCAGUGACCAGAGGGGAGAUGCCAGCAGCCCGGAUACUGGUGCUGGUAGCCUUCUUCUGGCUCCUCCUGGUGCCGGUUCGGUGCUGCGGUCCUGGCCGGGGGCCGGUGGGCCGGCGCCGCUACAUGCGCAAGCUGGUCCCGCUCCGCUACAAGCAGUUUGUGCCCAACGUGCCGGAGAAGACACUGGGAGCCAGCGGCAAGACGGAGGGCAAAAUCCGCCGGGACUCGGAGCGGUUCCGGGAGCUGGUCCUUAACUACAACCCGGACAUCAUCUUCAAGGAUGAGGAGAACACCCGGGCGGACCGCGUUAUGACCGAGCGCUGCAAGGAUAGAGUGAAUGCUCUGGCUAUCUCUGUGAUGAACAUGUGGCCAGGCGUGAGGCUGCGGGUCACAGAAGGCUGGGAUGAAGAUGGCCACCACUCCCAUGAUUCUCUGCACUAUGAAGGACGUGCACUUGACAUCACAACUUCAGACCGAGACAGGAACAAGUAUGGCAUGCUGGCUCGCCUGGCAGUGGAAGCUGGUUUUGACUGGGUGUACUAUGAAUCGAAAGCACACAUCCAUGUCUCUGUGAAAGCAGGUACCAUUUCAGGAGAUAACUCCUUAGCUGUCCGUUCUGGUGGCUGCUUUCCUGGCACUGCCAUGGUGACCCUGGUUGGUGGUCAAAAGAAGCUUCUUUCUGAGGUUCAGGUCUCUGAUAAGAUCCUCACCAUGGACGAUGCAGGACAAUUGACAUCAACAGAAGUCUUGCUGUUUUUGCACAAAGACCUGGAUAAAAGGGCCACCUUAGUCGUAAUUGAGGCUGAGGGACAUCCCUAUAGGCUUCGUCUCACACCACACCACUUACUCUAUGUAACCAAAGACCCUCUGACAGGCUUCAUGCCAAUUUAUGCUCAUCGUGCCCAGGUGGGGGACUUUGUUCUAAUUUAUGUCAAUGGCACUCAGCUGCUGCCAUCUAAAGUGGUGAAGGUGUUCAUGCAGGAAGAGACAGGGGUCUAUGCUCCAUUGACUGUUCAUGGUACCCUAUUGGUAGAUGGCGUUCUGACAUCCUGCUAUGCAACUAUUGAAUGGCAUGACUUAGCACAUAAGUCGUUUGCUCCUUUGAGACUACUUCACAGUAUAUUUUCCAUAAUUCCAGAAUUUAUAGGGGGUGAUGGGAUUCACUGGUACUGCCAUUUCCUCUAUCUGCUGGCAAAAAAAGUUCUUAGUUGGGAAAUGCCUUGAAGUGCAAUCUUUUUGGGUUGGUCUAUUUGAAAAUGCUGCUGAAGUGUGGUCUAAUAGACCUACAGCGUGACUUGUAUCCCAAGUUUCCUGUCAACUGCGGAAACUCAACAGAAUUACAGCUCCAUGCCUCCGAUGGACCUCAACUCCCAAAGUGCCUAUGUAAUAAAAGCUGAUUAAUUAUGAUCACGUUGAUCAGAUGGACCAUGAAUAUUAAAUGUUUCAUGCAAUUAAUUGCUUAAGAAAGUAGCUGCUAACUUAGUUGUAUGAAUUGCAGUCUACCGAAAUGCCCUAUUUUGUCAGAAGAUCAGUGGUCAUGCAAUAUGAAAAUAAGAUUAAGAAAAGGAUGGUUGAAAAUUAGAUGUUUUAUCAGUGGAUUGGAUUAUAAUGUGUAAUCUUGCAGUUACAGCCUUAAAAUAAUAAUAAUAAUAUGUCAUACUGUUUAUAGCUUCCUUAAGAUAAACCUAUCUCAUGUUAGGUAAUGUGUUGCAGGCCUCUUAGAAACCCCAGGACCAAAUGGAGAGGUGCUGUAGUAAGUCUUGGUCAGUACAUGGAAGAUAUUGAUAUUAAUAUCUUGUGCAGCUUGUAGAUGUUGCUAUAUAUUAUGUAUUGUGCAUCAGUGAGUAAAAACUAUCCCUUAGAUAUGGAGAUGAAUUGAUAUCUAUACACAUUGACUCCUUUUUCCCCCAUCUCUUUUCACUGGACGCACAUGACUACUUUUUUUUUUUUUUUUAGUUUUUCAUCCUGACAGAUAUGCAUUCAAACACCGACAUAAAUGCAUUGUGCUACAAAACUAAACGCGUUGUGCCACAAACAUAGGAGGUGACAAAGGUCGUUGUGCACUGGUUAUUUAUUACUGCAUAGUUCUGUGACUAACGAAGAAAUAAUGUACACACAACUGCAGCACUCACCAAUACAUUCACCCUAA